UUCUACGUGUCUCUUGCAACAGCGUUCCAUCUUCUACAUCUCCUUUUUCAUUUUUUCGUCCCCGUGCCUGCGAAACCUCAUUUUUAAUCCGGGCGAGUCGCGAUAAAAUGCUCAACGUCGAAGACAUAGAGGAGCGCGAUGGUGUGCGACUGUCGUGGAAUGUAUGGCCAUCGUCGCGUAUAGAGGCUACACGAACGGUCGUUCCCAUCUCUGCGCUCUAUACACCCCUAAAAAUUCGCGAAGAUUUGCCGCCUGUCGUCUACGAACCUGUGGCCUGUAAAGCUCCUUGUCGAGCUAUUCUCAAUCCGUACUGUUCAAUAGAUAUUCGUGGAAAGCUCUGGAUCUGUCCCUUUUGUCUAUCGCGCAACGCCUUCCCUCCUCACUACAAAGAUAUCUCUAACACCAACCUUCCCCCUGAACUCCUACCAAAAUACACUACCAUAGAGUACACCCUCGCACGGAUGACCCAACGUCCCAUUUUCCUUUUCGUUGUCGAUACCUGUCUUGACGAGGAAGACCUCAAGGCUCUCCGUGAUGCCCUCGUUGUCAGUCUUAGCUUGAUCCCACCCUACGCACUUGUCGGUCUGAUUACAUACGGUACUAUGACGCAAGUCCACGAGAUUGGGUACUCCGAGUGCAGCAAAUCCUUCGUCUUCCGGGGAGGCAAAGAAUACCACCCAAAGCAAAUCCAGGAUAUGCUUGGUCUCAGCUCGCAGAACCGUGCCGCCCCUCGUCCUGGACAGUCCAUGCCUUCGCAAUCCUUUGGAGCUUCACGAUUCUUGCUACCUGUAGAGGAGUGCGAGUUCCAGCUGACCGGCAUACUGGAGUCUUUGACACGAGACCCUUGGCCCGUUGCCAACGACAAGCGUGCAUUGAGAUGUACUGGCGUUGCUCUGAGUGUCGCUGUUGGUCUAUUGGAGACCACAUAUCCUAACACGGGCGCUCGCAUCAUGCUGUUUGCUGGGGGACCAUGCACGGAGGGACCUGGCAUGGUCGUCAGCAACGAGUUGAAAGAACCCAUUCGUUCGCAUCAUGACAUUGACCGGGAUAGCGUGAAGCACUUCAAGCGGGCCACCAAAUUCUAUGAAGGUCUUGCCAAGCGCGUAUCCAACAACGGUCAUGCUGUUGACCUGUUUGCGGGUUGUCUCGAUCAGGUCGGACUUCUGGAGAUGAAAUCGCUGCCUAACUCAACAAAUGGUGUUAUCGUUUUGUCGGAUGGCUUCGCUACCUCCAUAUUCAAGCAAAGUUUUCUGCGUAUCUUCAACAAAGACGAUCAGGGCAAUCUUCAGAUGGGCUUCAACGCAACUUUCGACGUUCAGACGACGAAAGAAUUGAAAGUGUCUGGACUUAUCGGUCACACAAUAUCUGCUGGCAAGAAGUCCGCCUGCGUCGGUGAGACUGAGAUAGGGAUUGGCCAAACUUCAGCAUGGAAGAUCAAUACUCUCACUCCUCGUACAUCGACUGCGGUCUACUUUGAAGUGGUUACGCCCGCCGGCCAACCAUUGCAGCCUGGAUCUAGAGGUUUGAUCCAGUUCGUCACUCACUAUCAACACGCAUCGGGUACCCAGAGACUGCGUGUUACCACUAUUGCACGCAACUUUGCUGAAGCCGGAUCCCCAAGCAUAGCAGCAGCUUUCGAUCAAGAGGCUGCUGCCGUUCUCAUGGCCAGAAUUGCCGUCUUCAAGGCUGAAAUAGACGAUUCACCGGAUGUUUUGCGCUGGCUUGACCGUAUGCUUAUCCGUCUUUGUCAAAAGUUUGCAGAUUACAGGAAAGAGGACCCAACAAGCUUCCGUCUGACUGACAAUUUCAGCAUCUAUCCCCAGUUCAUGUUCCAUCUGCGGAGAAGUCAGUUCUUGCAGGUCUUUAACAACAGUCCAGACGAAUCAGCGUUUUAUAGACACAUUCUAAAUGAAGAGGACGUCAAUAACUCUCUUAUUAUGAUUCAGCCUACGUUGAUGUCUUACACCUUCGAUACACCCCCCCAGCCCGUUCUUUUGGACAGCGUAUCGAUAAAGCACGAUGUUGUUCUGCUGCUAGACACCUUCUUCCAUAUCCUCAUAUUCCACGGAGAGCUCGUCGCACAAUGGCGAAAACAGGGAUAUCAAGAUCAAGAAGGUUAUGAGAAUUUCAAGGAGCUCCUAGAGCAACCGGUUCAGGAUGCACAGGAGCUCUUGGUUGAUCGUUUUCCUAUACCGCGAUACAUUGUCUGCGAUCAAGGAGGCAGUCAAGCGCGGUUCUUGUUAUCCAAGCUUAACCCCUCCACGACACACAUGUCGCAAUCUAUAUAUGGACCAGCUUCAGGAGCAGGUACUGGUCAGGCGAUCUUCACGGACGAUGUUAGUUUGCAGGUAUUCAUGGAGCAUUUGAAACGUCUUGCUGUUGGAGCCCAAACGAAUUGAUUUGUAUCGUUUAUUUUAUUGUAGUGUUUUCCUUGUUCAAAACCGUCUUAUACGCUUAACAUGUCUGACGGUAUAAUCUUGAUUUUUACCUCUUUCGGCGAGUCAAAAGUCAAAUUGUGUGACUCUACAGUGCACUUCGCUGUUGUCCGUGUCUGCACUAUUGAAGAUUGCUCACGAAGUAGUCAACGAAUGCUCCCUCUUUCAACAAAACAUUGUCUUUACACUCAUGCUUAGAUACAAACACUUCAGUUACAGUAUAAGUACGGCGCACUGUACCACCAUACCGUUUCCAACCUUACGUAGUGUCGAUAGUCACCAUCAAAACCUACGCCCUCUCUUGCGCAGAC